GUCGUCUCAACUAGUUCGCGUUUUUUGAAUUCCGAAUUAAUAAUAUUGUUGUUUGUUUUAAGUAUAUAAACCGUUGUAUUAAUUAACCCGUGUGCGGUUUCAUCAAACGAUCAUGAGACCAUYGGUCAUUGUAGCGGACUACUUGUCCUCCGACGGUGUAACAAUCAUGUUAUUAGUGUUGGAAAUUAAAUAGCGUCGCCCGGGGUUUCGUGAAAAACUGGGCGUCCGAGAUAACAAUUAUUCACAAAAAAAAAAAAAAAUUUUAAAUAACACGCACUUUAACUACCCAUCAACGUAACAAUACAAUAUAAAUCGCAGAGCCCGUACAGAAAAGACAGCGGAAAAUCUCGAAAUUCUUUGCAGAAACCGUUGUCAGUGGCUCAGUGCUGCCGCCGCCGAAAUUCGUAAAAACAUCACAAUGAGGAUUUUGACGAUCGCCUGGAUUUUGGUGGUGGUCACGUGGUGCUGUGACAGUGCUGUUAUCUACGAACCAGUGGUUCAAAACACCCGUUACUAUGAACCUAGAAUUCAGGACUUGGAGCUUCUCGACAAAAACUUUUUUGACAUGGCUACCAUCGAAAAGAGGAACGGUGCAAUGCAAGGCGAGUCACCAAGAAGUCGUCCUAGUUUGUCCAUCGUCAACUCGCUGGACGUGCUCCGGCAAAAAUUAAUGUAUGAGGUGGCGCGGCGACACGUGGAUGAGAAUCAGAAAGUGCUGUCGCAAAACCAUCAGAUACUGAAGAACUUAGGAAAGCGGUCACUGUUUCCUUUCAUCCAAGUACCACGGAGGUACAAUGUAUUUCGUGUAUAAUGAUAAAUCGAUAUAUCGAGUUAUUAUUUUAAUUUUUUUUUUCUUGAAACAGACUUAUUAAAGUAUGCUACUAGGUUUUUCAUUAUGAUAUUUAAUUAAUUUAGAUCAAUUUUUAAGUAUGACUUUGUCUUAUAGAAAUUUUAAAAAUAUCUGUAAAAAUAUGAAUUUCUAAAUUCGUGGGUCUAAUGGGAUCAUCUUUUMUUUUCUGUACUCUUUUUGGUUUUCUUAAUAAACAUUAAAAAUAUGCAAUUUAUUUCAUAGCUCUGGAUUUAGAAAUUCUCAUGCUUAAUAGUUAAAUU